GAGAGUUGAGAGCUCUCAGAACACCCUCUGGAUAUUUCUCUUAAAAGCAGGUGUCAUCAAAGCCUAGUUUCUUACUGCUGUUCUUCCCAUUUUGAUUUUUUGGUGUUAAAUUCUCAAAAAAAUUUGAUAGUAUUUCUCUACUGUGUGUCUCUUAUUUUGAUCUGAACUGCAGUAUCAAAAAAUAUAUUUUGUUGUUAUCUUGAAGAUAUCUUUCUCUGUUGGAGGAUGGUUGGAGCUAUAUUGAUUAGCAGUUCCUCAUUUCCAGAGUUGUAUUCCUGCCCUUAUUUAUGCUUGGACUCAUUAUCUUUGUCUAAUCUGAAUGUCAAGAGCAGUGGGGAUUCGGGGUUGUACAGAAACUUGAUAGCAAAGAAGCAGUUAUGGAGGCCUGGGUCACUGGACUUGAGCAGUUCUUUCAUAGACGCCUGGUACGAGUGGCGGUUGUCCACCAAGAUGCUUUCACAUAUUGCUAAUCGGUGUUCCAGGAAGCAGCGGAAGCUUGGGAACCACCUCAGUAUCGUUGAUGAGCUCGGUGGACAGUAUGAGGACACCUUUAAUGAUGUCAAGAAGCAAAUACAAAACUACUUCACAUUCAAGGCUGUAAGGACUGUUCUUAACCAGCUUUAUGAGAUGAACCCAACAGAGUACACAUGGUUCUACAACUUCGUCGCAGCAAAUAAGCCUGGAGAUGGAAAGCAUUUCAUUCAGACCCUUGGAAAGGAAAAGCAAGAACUUGCUGAAAGAGUUAUGAUAACCCGAUUGCACCUCUAUGGCAAAUGGAUUAAGAAAUGCAAUCAUGCAGAAAUAUACAAGGAAAUAUCAGAUCAGAACUUGGAGUUGAUGCGGGAACGCCUAAUGGAGACUAUUGUGUGGCCAUCUGAUGAUACAAAUACAGAGAAAAUUGGAUGAGGUGUAUUUUGCUGAAUCUAUUUAGUGUUAGUCUGCCAUAUGGAAUGAGUAAUGUUUUAUAUGGAAUUCUUCAAUUUGUACAUAUAUGAUUACAAAUCUCCAUUGUAAAAACCUUUCUUUGAGGGGAAGAAGGUUUUGGUUUAA